AUGGGAGGCUUGCCGCAGUAUAUUGUUAAUGCGACGGAGGAGGUUGAUGUGGCUACUGCGAUGAAGUGGGCUGCGGAGAGGAAUGUGAGGAUUGUGGUUAAGGGGACGGGUCAUGAUCUUAAUGGACGCGGCGCUUUCUCACUGUCAAUUUGGACGCGCAACUUCCGUAACCUCAGUCGCGACAAAGCCUGGCGAAUCGCCAACAGCUCUUCGCCCGCAGAAGACGUCUUCAUCGUCGGCAGCGGCCAACAGUGGGGUAACGUCCUCUCCUUCGCGACAAGUCAAGGCCGGGUCGUGACAACAGGCCAGGACCCCAGUGUGGGUUUGGGAGGCUAUAUCCAAGGCGGUGGUCAUGGCCCGUUGGCUUCCACCUAUGGUCUGGCAUCAAGCCAGGUUCUCCAAAUGACCGUCGUUACCACCACCGGACAUGUGCUUAUCGCCAACGAAGUCCAGAACCAAGAUCUCUUCUGGGCACUGCGUGGCGGUGGUGCAGGACAAUAUGGUGUGGUGACCGAGUACGUGAUCAAGCACUACCCAGCUCCCCGUAACGUCGUCAUGGCGAGUGUCCAGAUCAAACCGAAAGGUAGCACGAACGCCAGUAUGGAAGCUUCGUGGUCGGCAGUAGCCAGUUGGCUUAGUGCGCUACCCGACCUCAUGGAUGCCGGUCUCGCAGGCGCUGCAACCGUAGCAGUGGGAAGUACGGCACCGAAGUUCUUCCCGGAUAUUGAUGUCUCGAAAGGAUCGUUCACUGGUAUCGGUCUCAACCAAGUCUUCUGGGCUUUCAACACCACGUCCGCUGCUGUCGAAGCGCUCGUCCAACCCAUCUUGACAAACCUCCUCCUUCAGUCCAGCACCAAUACAAGCACCACCGGCAACGACAGCUCUCUCGUCUCAACUUCAAUAUCGACCUCAACUCACAGCAACUACCCCUCCUUCUUCACCACCAUAUCCGGCGACAACGUCGCCGGCGGCGAAUCCCUCACCUCAUCCCGUCUCCUCGGCCGCGCCGAACUCGUCUCCACCCCCCACUCGCAAGUCAUCUCAUAUUUGAAAACCGCAAUGGCGAGUCAAAACACCACAGACCCAGGAAACUACGCCACCAUCGGCCUCUCAGGCGGGCCCGGCGUGCACUCCACCCCCUCCAAACACUGGGGCGCCUUACACCCCAGCUGGCGCACCGCGUACCUUCAUUUCAUCGCCACGGGCGCUACUAUUGAUUCUCGUGCUGCGGGGAGUGCGAAGCGCGCGUUAAGCAUUGGUGCGGAUUGGCAUGCAGUUGUCAAAGAGCCGAUGUGGGAGGAGUGGGCGCCGGGGUCGGGGGCGUAUAUGAAUGAAGCGAAUCCGUAUGUUGAGGGUUUCCAGAAGGUGUUUUAUGGGGAUGGGUAUGAGAGGUUAGUGGAGGUGAAGAGGAAGUAUGAUCCGAGUGGGAGUUUGUUUGUGUUGGCGGGGGUGGGGACGGAGGGGUGGGAGUAUGAUCUUGAUAGUGGGAGGUUGUGUAGGGUUUAG